CACGUACACACAAUAUACCACGCCAGACUAGCAGCAGUAGCAGCAGGGGCGAGAAACUUGUGUUUGGCUGUAAUCUUUUUUUUCCUCCGACUCUGCUGGCAAAAGAGUCGAACGCGAGGAACAAUAACUUUUGUCUGCAAAAUUAAUUGUGCCUGGGUAAACGCGCGCGUGAAUACGCGAGUUUGAGGACGUCGUUAUCGCCGCAGCCGUCACGGUCUACCUCCUCCCCCUCCCUUCCUUCCUUCCUUCCUUGGUCGUGCAUUACAUUGCUCCAGUGGUACGUUGACGAGUGAAGGUUUUCCUUGAUGUAUUUCACUGGCGAAGCAUCGUCAAGAAAAUCGGAAGAGUAGAUUCGAUCGAAGCAAAAUAGAGUGCGAUUGUAGUUGGUGAGCCAAGAGUCAGUGCGACGCCCGUUGUACACGGAGCUCGGCAGAAGUGUCCAAAGUUUUUUAGUGCAGCUAGUCGACCCGUUGGGUUUUCCUUAUCAAGAUGGCGGGUCAAGAUCAAAAAUGGCAGAAAGACGCGUCAGACCAAAACUUCGACUACAUGUUCAAACUGUUGAUAAUCGGCAACUCGUCUGUUGGCAAGACAUCCUUCCUCUUUCGCUAUGCCGACGACUCUUUCACCUCAGCCUUCGUCUCGACUGUUGGCAUCGACUUUAAAGUAAAGACGGUCUUCAGGAACGACAAAAGGGUCAAACUCCAGAUCUGGGAUACCGCAGGACAAGAAAGGUAUAGGACAAUCACAACAGCUUACUACAGAGGAGCGAUGGGUUUUAUAUUAAUGUACGACAUAACCAACGAGGAGUCCUUCAACUCGGUUCAGGAUUGGCUGACGCAAAUAAAGACCUACUCUUGGGAUAACGCCCAGAUUAUCCUCGUUGGAAACAAGUGCGACAUGGAAGACGAAAGGGUAAUUAGCUUCGAGCGGGGCAAACAGCUGGCCGAGCACCUUAAGGUACAAUUCUUUGAGACGUCGGCGAAAGAAAACACCAACGUCAAGGCUGUCUUCGAAACUUUGGUGGACAUCAUUUGUGACAAAAUGAGCGAAUCCUUGGACAACGACCCGACUCUGAUGAACAGCGCAGGCCAGCAGAAGGGCCAGCGAUUAACCGACCAGCCCACCAAUCCCACGGACACCAGCUGCAACUGCUAAGAGAUUCAACUGUUGCACGCGAACCAUGGAUCACGAGGAGCCCCACGUCGCUCCUCUCUAUGCCUCUAUGUACGAGUAUCUCUCAUGGGCUGGCUCACAUUAGACCACGUCGUUUGUCAAUCCCUCUAAUUUUCGAUGCCACAUUUAUGUUGUACCACAAGAAAUAGUAAAAUUUCAGAGAGCACCGAAAAGGGUGCCUCGGGGCAAGCAGUGAAUUCAACUUCACGAUGAAUGCAAUUUUUUCCUCUCGUUUACUUCUUUUGUUCUUUAUGUGUGCGAGCAUAGGCAUGAGAGUUUCUUACCUGGAAUUUGCCCAGAAAAGCUACUGGCCACUGGGUCAAGAAUAACCAAUUGACAAUUUCCAAUGUCAGCGGUAACAAUGCAAACAGUAUUUUCCAGUUUGUUAGAAAAAUGUGUUCUUCUCGAGAAUAGAUAACUUUUUUUUCUUCCAAACCAGCUUUCAGAGUGAGAACACACUACGUAUUUCUUUUAAUGCUCAGAGCAACUUAGACGUUUUCUGAUACAAAAAAUUAUGGUGGUCACAUUUGGCCGAUGCAUGAAGUUCGUAAUCGAACUACGUUGGGAUUUAACAAUAAAAAGAAGAAACAGUUCAUCAAAGUUUACUAUGCACAUGUUGAUUUAUCUAUGUAUUGCGUAACGGGACUUCUGUUGAAGUUUUGAAGACUAUGAACACAUGUAAUUUUCAUUGUUCUUGUUUACUUUCAAGUGAAAAACUUGACUGGUAUUGUUGCACUAAGUUGGUUAUUAUUUUAUGGGUCCCAGUUAAGAAAUAAUUUCACAAACAUUGUUAUAAUUUAUUUCAAAGUAGCAUGAUCUUGUCGUUACAUAAAUAACUUGGCUUCCAAAUUUACAAGGAUUCAAUACUGUAUUCUCCAAUAUAUAUUCCAAGUUCCUAUGGUUAUUAUUUGAAGUAUUCGACCACAAAAUAUAAAAAUUAGCUUUAUUUAUUAGAUAGGUCGACUUUAUGUGUAUAAUAAGUAGGAGGUUCAUUACGAGUGAUCUAAAACAUUUAUUCUUCGUUGCAAUACUGGUACAAUGUUGCGGUAGUUUCCACUACAAAAUACUAUCAAAACAAUGAUCUUGGUUUAAUAUCUCCAUUACAAUAGCAACACUUUAAUGAGACCCACAUUUUCGCUUAAUACACAAUAUCGAAAUAGUUUAGAAAAAUUGGAUUUUGUGUUGUAUUUAACAACCAAAAAAUUUAUAAGUAUGCUUGGUUAUCUUUUUCAAAAGGAGCCAAAAUCGAUUCAGUCUAUUAUUUCUUCACAUGGAAUUUCAUAGAAUUGCUAAUGAUUUUAAGCGUUAACUAUAGCUUAUCGUCUAUAAAGCUAGCUAAGUAGCUUCAUAAAAACAAGAAAAUAAUUUACCAAAGUUAAAUUAAUGUACAUCUAUUUAAGAAAGACAUUUCUCGAUGUAUAUCUUUGAAAUUCUCGAGUGCAAUUGAUUACCAAUUAUCACGUCAUAUUACCAGGUUGUUCACUCGAAAGGUAAAUAGACAAAAAUUUUUUCUUCGAUUCUGUAUAGGGAAGUCUUUUGUUACUGAAAUUUUAUACUAUUAUUUAUCGUCAAGACACAAAAACCAAGGCUGCCAAUCAUUGCACUAAAAAAGCUUUUUCAUUCUAAUGUAAUAAAGUCAAUGUUAUCAUCUUUAUGAUGACUUGAGGGUCAGUGCCUAUAGGCACACGAUCAGUAAGAGCUAAUUUUGGGAGUACGAAUGAAAACUCCAA